AUGAUGCAGACUGAAGACCGAGGCAGAAAUUUUGUCCAAACAGUGCAGCGCAUUUGGUCUUGCCAAACAGACUCCAGGCAAACUUCGUUGAACACUCCACUCCUGGCAAAGUUUGGUUCCUUCUACAAAGGCACCGCGCCAAUGCUUUGUGGCUCCGUGAUAUUCCGCUCCUUGCCUUUCGUGGUAUAUUCAGGAGCCUUCACCAUUUUGCAGCCUUGGGCUGGCUGCACGAUUCUUGGUGUUGAUGGUCGCGUGUGGGCGAGUGGGGCAAUAGCCGGGCUGGCUCGCGCCUUGGUGGAGAACCCUUGGGAGGCCCUGAAGACACAAAAACAAGUAUGGGGCACUGCAUAUCUCAAUGCCCUGCGAUCGGGAUGCAUGUGGAGAGGUGUUUCUGCAACGUGCUUCAGGAACGUGAUCCUGGUGACUAUCUUCUUCACUCUUUCCGAGAGGCUGAACAGUUCUACCACGCUUAUUGCCUUCCGAGAAUUGCCAUUUCUUCGUGGAAGCUGCGUGACUGUUUGUUGCUGGGUUUUUGCGUGGCCAUUUGAUGUCGUUAAAAGCCAGCUGCAGAGCCAGGUUGAGCAAGGCAAUGGCAAGCGAGGCGCCAUUGAGUUACUGCGCCGAGCCUGGCAUGAACAAACUUUGUAUCGUGGUCUUGGAGCAGGGCUUCUUCGGGCAUGCCUUGCCAACGGAGCGGCUAUGCAUGCUUGCCAAACGGUGCAGCAAAUCAGGUGUCAACAACUGCCCAAUCGAUAG